AUGACAACGGAGCAGCCUUCAGUGAGGCCCAAGACUGGAGUCAAAGUUAUUGUUGUUGGAGCUGGUUUCGGCGGACUUACUGCAGCAAUUGAAUGUCAUCGACAAGGGCAUGAUGUUGAGAUAUACGAAUCUUUUCCGGAGUUGAAACCCCUUGGAGACAUCAUUUCAUUCGGUGCCAACGCCGGUCGCAUAUUCCGACGAUGGGGAGUCGAUGGUGAGAUCACCAAGAAGAUGCGAGCAAUCAGCAUCGACCUUGUGAAACACGGAUUUCGAAUUCACAAAUAUACGGGCGAACACAUCAUCACGCAGAAAACCCCAGAACAGGACCCCGAUGCUCCGGUUUUCAACGGUCACAGAGGAGAGUUGCAUGAGAUCGUUUUUAACCACGCCAAGGAUGAUUUGGGUAUCCCGAUCCAUCUUGGGACAAGAAUAGGGAAGUACCUGGAGGAAAAGGAUUGUGCAGGCAUCGAGCUAGAAUCUGGCGAACAGAUUUUCGCAGAUGUCGUCAUUGGUUCUGACGGCGUUCGAUCAAAGGCUCGCGAACUGGUUCUGGGCUAUUUUGACCGACCCAAGAGCAGUGGCUAUGCCGUCUUCAGAGCAUGGUUCCCAAACACCGACAUGAUCGCCGAUCCGUUGACCAAGCAUUUCUGCGAAAAUGGCGAUACGUUUAAUGGCUGGAUUGGCCAAGAUGUGCAUUUUCUCUUUUCAACGAUCAAGAACGGAAGUGAUUGUUGCUGGGUCUUGACACACAAGGACGACGCAGAUAUUGAUGAAUCUUGGUCAUUCCCGGGAAAGCUAGAAGACGUUUAUAAGGUCUUUGAAGGUUGGGAUCCACUUUGCAAGAGAAUUGUCUCCAAGACACCGGAAAGUCACCUGGUCGAUUGGAAGCUGGUUUAUCGAGAUCCUCUCCCAACCUGGGUCAGUAAAGGCGGCCGCAUCAGUCUGCUGGGUGAUUCCGCACAUCCAUUCCUGCCAACUUCAGCCCAAGGUGCAACUCAGGCUAUGGAAGAUGGCGUCACUCUUGCAGUUUGCCUCAAGAGAGCUGGCAAGGAUCAAAUUCCCGAUGGAGUAAGAACGUACCAGCGGAUAAGAUAUGAGCGCGUCAAAGCAGUACAAAAGACCGGCGAAACCACACGCGACAUGUGGCAUAAGGCAGAUUGGGAUAAAGUCAAGGAAGAUCCCACAUCGGUCCAGUUCCCGCGAGAAGACUGGAUCCAUAAUUUCGACGCGGAAAAGAAUGCUGAAGAGGAAUUUGAGGAGAACUUCCAGCAUUUCCAGACCACGGUAAAUGGUACUCGCGAUAUUAUCUAUGAAGAUCUUGCAACGCUGACUGAAGGCCCCCUAGUCCCAAAACAGCUCUCUGCCAAACUUUGA